AUGGAAUCUUGUUAUCGCAUCAAUAAUCUCAAGGGUGUCCAUCUCAACCAUCGUAAACAUAUCUUGACAAGUGUUGUAUCUCUAACAGCUCUUGCUGCGCAUUACACUACUGUUCUCAUGGCUCAAGAGAAAGAGAAGGCAUUUUGGACCAAAUCAGAAGUAACUGCGCUGGUCGACUACCUUCAUGAACAUCGGUCAGAGCGUGCUGAAGGAGGCAACUUCAAGAUGGUAACAUUCAAUGGAGCAGCGAGGGAUAUUGCACCCAAGAAGACACCGGGCCCACAAAAGACUGGCAAAAUGUGCCAGACAAAGUGGACAUCAUUGAAACAGAUCUACAAUGCUAUCGAUAAGUAUUGCAAGCAGUCUGGAAUCAAUCAGUGGCACCCUGAGUACGGUGCGAACAUCCAGGGGGAGGCAGCAGCGGCAGUGUUUGAUGUGUAUGUCCAGCAAAAGGAGAUUUUACCCGUGGGUGGCGCACGAGGGGCAGCGGCUUUCCGAGCCACCGAUGUUCCCGCGCCCUCCAUUGAUGAUGAGCCUGGGGUGGAUGCCCCAGGAGCUCAGGCUCCUGGAUCUGCUAGCUCCAUGAGUGCCAUCACUGGCACGAGUGGCGGAUCUACUAGCUCCAUGAGUGCCGCUGCUGGCACAAGUGGUGACGUCAUUAUGUCCGGGACCAAUACCAUCGCUUCUCUUCCCCCGUCUAGUGCUGCCACUCGACCAACUAUCUCUACAACCUCCAGUACCGGAAAGCGCUCACACAAUGCCACAUCCAUGUUCCAUGAUGAUGCGGCCACAUUCGCAUCCACAGUACCUUCAUCGACAUCUGAACUGCCACAACAAUCUGAGGCUCGAGCGUCAAAGAAACAGAAGUCGCGUGCAACCCAGUCACGCGCUGACAGUGGCCAAUCUGCAAUGAUGACCAGCACUGCAAGAGCAGCCAAGAUCACGCCAGCUGCAGCUGUCAUGGGCAUGCAAGGGUCCAUCAAUCGUCUCACCGAUGUGAUCGAGAAGGGUAUGGUUACUGAUGCGGAAAGGCUGGAGAAGCAGAGACACACUGCCUUGCAUAUCUUGAACGGGGAAGACACAGACUACUAUCCGUUGCAGGAGAGGGUCAUUGUCAUGCACAUGUUUGCAGAUGACCCAGCUGUCACCGACAUAUACCUUCAAAACGAUGACAAAGACACGCGGUACGCAUUCAUCCAGCACAUGAUCCAGUAUAGAUUUCAGAAGGUCCCGCAAGCACCACAAGUGCCAUACGUCCGUCCGCAGUUGUAA